CUCCUCCCCUUUGCCCAGGAACGGGAAGGGCGCGUGCGCAGUACGAGGCCCCUGGUCCGGGACGCGGCGCGAGCUCCGCAGCCAGCAGCCAGCGCAGCCCAGGCGAAGGCGGGGAAGAGGCAGCGCAUCAUCGGAGCGGCGGCGGCUGUCAUCCUUCUUCCUUUAUUUUAUUUUUUUGCAAAGGCCCGGCUGUGCAGUGAAUGCUCCGGUGCUGCGUUGCAUUUCGCUGCACGGCAUUGCUCUCCGGAGCCUCGGGCCUUCCUGCAGCAACCUCCCUCCGCCACCUUUUCCUUUCCUUCCAGGGAGCAACGCCUCCGCCGGUUUUCCAACCCCUCCCCCCCAUUCCACCUCUCUUAUUUAUUGAUUUAUUUAUUUUUAGUUAUUAUUUAAAAACCCCAGCGAAGUGGGCCCGUAGAUUGCACACGCCUACCCCCUCCGCCCGCUCCCCCUUCCCCAGCAGCAGAGUCCUCCGUGCAUGCUUCUCCCCAUUCCCUGCCGAAGCUGCUGCUCCCCCUUUCCCCGUUACCACCAACCAUGUCCCCCACGGCUUGCAACGUUGCGUUCCGUCUCCAGCUGUGAACGCCCCUUCCCGCUUCUCCUCCUUUUACGCCCACCUUCCUUGCAUUGGCGCCCGAAGGUGAGAGAGAGAGAGCAGCGCCCCCAACCUGGGGCUGCCUUGAUCCCUGCCAGUUCUCGGGUCUAGCCUUUCCAAGCCUUCGGAGCUGUAGCUUGCAGAGCAUCAGUUAUCAUUCUUCUUAUUGGGUCCAAACAGUACCUGCCUACCCCCUUCCUUCCAUCACCCCCACCAAAUAGUCCUCCUUUUACUCUGAGCCCCUUUGCCCAACAGAGCCUUAGUCCUGCCCCAGCACACCCAGGUUUCCUUAUGCACCAGGAUCCUGUGGUUUCCUUUUCUUACUUUGGUAACUGUUUUUUAGCCAGGCAAGCCGAGAUUGCAUCGUGGGCUGGCAAGGUUGCUCCUCCUUCACAGCAUCGGUGAAAACUCCCGCCUGGAGAACAAGGCUUGCACAGCCACCCCAAGGUGCAGCUUGCCCCGUUCUGUGCUGCUCGGCACCGCCUUAGCCCUCUGAGGUGCUGCAUCCCUUCCCCAACAUCGCCAUGAGCUUCUUUGGGUUCGGACAGAGUGCGGAUCUGGAAUUGGUCCUGAGCGACGCAGAGAGCAGGCGCCGGGCAGAGCAUAAGACAGAGGAGGGCAAGAAGGAGAAAUAUUUCCUCUUUUAUGACGGUGAGACGGUUUCGGGGAGGGUCAUCCUCACCCUCAAGCACCCAAACAAACGGCUGGAGCACCAGGGCAUCAAGGUGGAGUUCAUUGGGCAGAUCGAGCUAUAUUACGACCGAGGGAACCACCAUGAAUUCGUGUCACUUGUGAAGGACUUGGCCCGCCCCGGAGAGUUCACCCAGUCACAGACCUUUGAUUUUGAAUUCACACACGUGGAGAAACCGUACGAAUCCUACACGGGGCAGAACGUGAAGCUGAGGUACUUCCUCCGGGCCACUGUGAGUCGCAGACUGAACGACGUGGUGAAGGAGAUGGACAUUGUUGUACACACGCUUAGCACGUACCCAGAACUUAAUUCCUCCAUCAAGAUGGAGGUGGGCAUUGAAGAUUGCCUACAUAUUGAGUUUGAGUACAAUAAAUCCAAGUACCAUUUAAAAGACGUGAUCGUUGGGAAGAUCUACUUCCUCCUAGUGCGGAUCAAGAUCAAGCACAUGGAGAUCGACAUCAUCAAGAGGGAGACCACGGGGACCGGCCCUAAUGUUUACCAUGAAAACGAUACAAUAGCUAAAUAUGAGAUCAUGGAUGGGGCACCUGUCAGAGGGGAGUCCAUCCCCAUCAGGCUCUUCCUCGCUGGCUACGAACUGACGCCGACCAUGAGGGACAUCAAUAAGAAGUUCUCGGUGCGCUACUAUCUCAACCUUGUGCUGAUUGACGAGGAGGAGCGGCGCUAUUUUAAACAGCAGGAGGUGGUGUUAUGGCGCAAAGGUGACAUUGUGAGAAAGAGCAUGUCCCACCAAGCUGCCAUUGCCUCUCAGCGGUUCGAAGGCACGUCUUCCCAGACAGAGAGCAGAACGCCCAGCCAGCCUUCAGAGAACAACGGCCGGCAGUGAUGGGGUUGCGGGAUGAGGGGUUCCAAAGCGCUUCCGUGGUCAAGGCUUGAAGACGUCGACGAGGGAGGAGAACGCAGAACGGAUCUUUCACCAGAGACUUGCAAACACAAAUUAUCUUGUCAGGUUGUGUGUGUGUGUGUUUUCUUCAUUUUUCUUUGUCCCUUUCCCCCUGAGGACUCGCAACUUAACGGAAUGGGGAGGGAGCCAACGGACGCGACAGCGACAAGGUUUGCCUCCCUCUGCAUUCAAAUAUUCCUUGGGGAUAGGGCGGGGAGCUGGAUCAGUGGCUUUAGAAGGCAUGACGAAGGGAAGGGUGGCUGGUGAAAAGUGAGUCUGUGCUCUGACAUGAUGCUAAAAGCAUUCCCCCCCCCUCAAAAAAUGUAAAGACACCCCCAUCGGUUUUACUGUACAUUUGGGUUUUUUUAAUUUUUUUUUAAGAGCGCUCCAUUUUCUCUUCCUCAGUGGCAUUAUUCAUAUGUGUACAUAAGUAGCACCAGAGAGGCUCAUUUAGCGUUCAAGUGUAAAAAAAAUAAAAAUUUCCCCAGCGUUUCUUAAACUCCUGAAAGCUGAUGGGACACUUCUUUCCCAAAUUAAAUUCUGGGAGUCUCGCUUCAUUCUUACACCCAAACCGGUUUUACUUUUUAAGGUAAAUCUUAUGUCCCUGGGUGAGUCUGUGUUCUGAGCACAGCUCCUGCUUAGAAGCAGGCACAGAACAGCAUCUCUUGCAGACGCACACAGUGGACAGACUCCUCAGAAGGCAGGCAUAGGAAGAUCUGCACUGGCUGUGAUUUGAAUGACUGACUGGAGAGGUGUGUCUGGUAAAUCGCGCAGAGAGGCGACAGGGAGCCUCUUUGGCUAGGUCGGUGCAGUGGGCUCCUGGUAGCAUGGCCCUCCAAUGUCAUUAGAUUCCAACUCCUUAUCAGCCCGAGGCAGUAUUGAUAAGGGGCAGGGUUGAUGGACAUUGUGGUCCAGUAACAUUUGGAGGGCCACAGGUUCCCCACCCUUCGUUAAUUUGAUUAACUUGCUGAUUGUGGCAUGGGAAUUGUUUUUUACCCUCCGUCUUUUGAGUUUAUUUUGUAGAACUGGUGAAACAACACUACUGUUUUCACCAAGCCAGUUGUGUACUGUUGAGACUUCCUUCGUUGAAAACUGGAUUGCGAGGAGGAAAGCUGCAUUUUGGGGGCCUUAAAAAAAAAAAGGCAUAGGGACCGUUUCUGUUGUAGCCCACUUUAAAACAUACCCUCCCCAAUAGCAUUCUCCUGUUUCCCAAGCUGUCCGCAUGCACUCUGUUGCUAUUCCAAAAGUUGGAUCAGCACAGCCCAUUCCCAAACUGUGUUCCGUGAGGGAAAAACCCCCAAGGACCUGGUACCUUCUGUAUGUACAUUCCUUGAUCACUGAGGUGAUCCGCGCUCUUUCACAUCCUAAAAGCGAACCUUCGGGGAGGUGGAAUGGCAAGCUGUGUCUAAAAGUGUGUCCCUUAGGAUUAGAUUAGAAAGCACUGAUGAAUUGGGCUGCUUUUCCCUAAGUGUGCUGGGGACACCUGCUCUUGGACAUCUUACCCACAUCCUAUAAAAGACCACACACACCCUGCAGCCAAAGCUUCAUCUCCCCGGACCCCCCCACCCCCCUGAAAAAGCCUGAUAUAAGCUUAAAGUUAAUUGAACACUAAAAAUGUACAGAGUUAAAUAGAUGUGUCUUGUUCUGUAAGCAUGAAUUGGUUUUAUUCGUCUUCACCGUUGAGAUUGACUAAGGAGAACAAACACAGUCACUUUUUUCCCUCCAAGCCCAUUUUGUGAUAAAUAUGCACUUUCUGCUGUAGAGGUGGGCGUAAGACUGAAUGUCACCUCAAAAUAUUCAGAAAUUCGUUGGUUGAGUUGCUCUCCCUCUAAAACAAACCAUUUACUUGUAAUUUAAUAGCAUAAAUAUUUCUCUGAUUUGCCUUCUGACAUCAGCACUUUUAGGAAUGUUUCUUUUAAGCUUCUCUCCUCUUUUAUUUCCCUACCGUGAAUCAAUGAGAACUAGAAACUUGAGCACCACAGCUGCUGCCUCCACAAAAAUGAAACUUACUUGCAGUUCUAACAGAUUCCUGGGACCAAGCAAACGUUUUGUUUUUAAGACACCCACACCUUCAUUCCGUUUCUUAAUCAGUAGGAUAUAUCUAUACAGAGAUUCUACCAGAUCGCUGUAAAUGCACCAGAGGACAUGACAAUUGUCAGCUUUUAUUUUAGGAAAGAGACACGUGGGCUGCUUGUGUGCAUGUGAUGGUUAAAAAUGUGUAGGCUAUGCCUGAUGAAAUUUCAGAAGGCAGAGGGGCUACGUGAAUAAAAUUUCUGGUGGCCUGCAUGUGUCUUUCCCUGUAUCAAAGUGAUUAAAGUGCAUUUUUUUUAACAGCUUGUAGAAUAAAUUGCACAGAAUUGUCUUAAAUAUGCAAAAUUGGUGCAGGGUACGUAUUUCAGUUUUCUCAGUUGUCCUUAUCCAGAACUACCUUUCUUUCAUAGAAUUAAAGAACUGUAAAAUAGGAAGGGUCAUCUGGAUCAACCCCCCAUGUUUGAAUUGAAAACACCCCCACCUAUUUGGAAAUACAGUUCUCUGAAUAAUCCAGCCUUUACAUGAGGGAUGAGGAAUCUGAAGCCCUCCAGAUGUUUCUGGACUACAACUGCCAUCAUCCCUAACUCUUGACCAUGCUGAGCGGGGUUUAUGGGGGUUAGAGUCCCUAAGCAGUGGGAACCUGUGCCCUUCCGAAUGUUGUCGGGACUCUAAAUCACAACAUCCUUUACUGUUGGUCAUGCUAGCUGGGGCUGAUGGGAGCUGGAGUUCAGCAACAUCUGGAGGGGCACAGCCAAGCCGGCCAUUAUUGGAAAGCUUUUUUCUCCCUGUUGCUUUGCGACCCACGUAGGAAGAGUUCAAGGAUUGUGUGUUGCUUGCGGGGGUGGGGAGAGAAUACAAUGCCUUCUGUAAAGUGUAGGUAGAUCUUGCAGUCCUGCUUGAGCAUAAAACCAUAUUCUCUGGCAGUUGUAUUCUGAAGAAUACUGCUGCAAAUGUAUUUUUAAACAGGGGCUGUGCCCUUGCUCACUUCACCUGCCAACCUUCCUCCCUCCCUUUACACAUCACCAAAAAAAUCCCUCCUCUCCAUGGUUCAUCUGUGCCACCCACUGCCUAUGUAUCCAUUUUCUGGUUCCCUCACCUUGCCUGGGCUGCUGGAAUCUCCACCCUCCAGUCCCCCCCCCCCUUUUCCCUGAGCAGCUGCUUGUCACACUGUCAUUUUCAUCACCAUCUGGCUGUAGCCAAGAGAACUAUAGCAUGAUGACAUCCUUACAAUUUUUUUAUAUUGCAGAGAUACAGAAUCUGGUACUAGCUAGCGGGAUCCAUGCAAAUAACAUUCUUAUCUUUAUUCUGACAACACCUUUAUGAGAUAGGUCACUAUUAACCCCCAUUUGGACAGAUUGGGAAUGGAAGCUGUAUGCCUAGGAUAGCCAAUUUGGUGCCCUCUGGGUGUGGCUAAACUUUUUAUUUCCUAUCUCCCCUAGCCAGCAUGGCCAGUAAGGAUGAUGGAAGCUAAAGUCCAAAAUAUCUGGAGGACAAAAAGUUGGCUAUCUGAGCUACAAGCCACACCCAUACCCCCACCAGUGGAUCACAUGUUGGAGCAAAGAUUUCAAAGCCAAUUCUCUUACGUCACAGAGACAGGAAACCAAUGCUCUGACAGCUGUAACUAAUGGGGACAUUCCCCCCUUCUCAAGUUUUUUUUGUUGCUAAUGCUUGCUGUCUACUACUUUGAAGGUUUUAGAAUCAGACAAAUACGUUGCUAGGUUGGCAGAGAACCUGUGGCUCCUCCAGAUGUUGCUGAACUACUCCUUCCAUCAAUGUCUGGAGGACCAAAGGUUCCCUUUCCCAGAGCUUGGGAAGUGGGGACAUUAAGUGGGGAAGAACUGGCAUCUCACAUAUGAAGGCCAAGGAUGUUCCACCAAGAAGAAACCAGGCUGAAACAAAACACCAAAUGUGUUGGGUCCGCAAAGGGGAGAGAUGAUGCUUUGGCUCUCACCACAAAGCAGGCUUGGUGCUGCUCCUAAGUUUAUGCCACCCCUCAUUCUUGUGUGCAACAGCUCCUUUGCUGUGCCAGAACAGCAGUGAAACCAUCUUCAUAGUUUUUAACCAGCUUCUGGUGAUCAUUCCUGGCCUGCUGUUGGGUGAUUCCUGCUGUGAGGCUGUUUUCUGCCUAUUUAGGGGAUACUUAGUCAAUAGGUUUCUCCCUGUUUGGAGAUGUAAAGUGAGGAGUGUAAAUGUUUUCCAGCUGCACAUAAUGAUUGGUGGCUGUUCGGACCUAAAAGACAAACCCCCUCCACAGCUGGUGAUGAAUUCUUAGUUUUGUAAAGCCAUAUAAUAUGUGCUGGAAUUAGAUAUAGGUUAGUGGUUUUGAAGCUUUUUAGCAUUCAGGCUUCUGUCUGGAUCUGCUUGCUCUUUAUUGGACCACAGCAAUUUGUGACCCGUACCAACUGCAUGAGGGGGUACUUGAAAGAACUUUGCAUUGGAUCUCAAGAGCCCGGGGGGGGUGUGUUCUUUGUUUUCCAGGCCAAGGGUCCAGAGCAAUAUAUGCCCCACAUUAUCAUGGAAGCACAAAUCACAAGAUGUAACAGGUGGAGAACCAAGUUUCUCGACAACCAUAAGUUUUCAUUCCGAAAAGAAAAAGCCUAUGACAGGGCAAAUGGUUCUCAUGUUGAAUGGUUGAAGAGUUAUGCUUCCAGCUGUACUACAAGUCCCUGGUGAGAUCACAGCAGCCAGAGGGUGGGCCAAAUAAAGGGUUGUUUCCAAAGUAGCGCUGAAUAACAUGGCCCACCUGCACAAAGAAUUCUGCUUGUGCAGGGGGGCUUCCUUCCCCCUUUCCCACAUCUCCAGUAGUGCCCCAAAACAAACAGGGAGUGUGGGGAAGGAGUCCCCGUUGUAAAAGCCUGAAUUUUGUGCUAGUUAGACAAUAUCCAGUAUUUUUUUUCAGCCAAGGCACAAGUGCUCAUCUCCCCAUGACUAGGAGUAGUACAUUAUUAAAAACGGGGGGGGGGGGGUGUUAAAUUAUGCAAAGUAGUUUGCUGAUUUGCAUAAUUUUAUGCAGGCAGCUUGGGGCUGUGCAGCAUAGAACCGCCGGUGUAUUUGUAAGGUACAUCAUACACCCUGGUUCAGUUUUUACUAAGCCUUCUAGAGUACGGUCCAUACCCAUUUUGCAUCUAGCCAUCCCUGGAAAAAGCCAUGUUUAACGUUCAUCUCCAGUGUGAGACACAAGAGAAGGGAAAAAAAUCCCAAGCAAAGACCACCCACGAGGAUCUGACUGCCCCGCUCUGGCAGGGAUGGGUGGGUGGGGAAUCCACAGGUACUGAAUUAAGCUGGGCAACUUGUAAAUUUAAGCCUCUGCAUUGUUUACAUGUUUCUUAAUUCAUUGUCUUUUAAAUGGUUGUAUUUUUAAAUGAUGAGAGGUUGUUCUCCCAAUUAAAAAAGAAGCCAUUCUAGGCUUUCAAAGGUU